AUGCACAAGCACCAGCACUGCUGUAAGUGCCCCGAGUGCUAUGAAGUGACCCGCCUGGCCGCCCUGCGGCGCCUCGAACCUCCUGGCUACGGGGAUUGGCAGGUGCCCGACCCCUAUGGGCCAGGUGGGGGUAAUGGGGCCAGCUCCAGUUAUGGGGGCUACAGCUCGCAGACCCUGCCCUCACAGGCAGGGGCCACCCCCACUCCUCGCACCAAGGCCAAGCUCAUCCCCACCGGCCGGGAUGUAGGGCCAGUGCCCCCUAAGCCAGUUCCAGGCAAGAGCACCCCCAAACUCAACGGCAGUGGCCCCAGCUGGUGGCCUGAAUGCACCUGUACCAACCGGGACUGGUAUGAGCAGGCCAGCCCUGCACCCCUCCUAGUGAACCCUGAGGCCCUGGAGCCCAGCCUCUUGGUGAAUGGCAGUGAUGGCAUGUUCAAAUAUGAGGAGAUAGUACUCGAACGGGGCAACUCUGGCCUGGGCUUCAGUAUUGCAGGUGGCAUCGACAACCCCCAUGUCCCUGAUGACCCUGGAAUCUUUAUUACCAAGAUCAUCCCUGGUGGAGCAGCUGCCAUGGAUGGAAGGCUAGGGGUGAAUGACUGUGUUCUGCGGGUGAAUGAGGUGGACGUGUCGGAGGUGGUGCACAGCCGGGCCGUGGAGGCGUUGAAGGAGGCAGGUCCUGUGGUGCGGUUGGUGGUGCGGAGGCGACAGCCCCCACCCGAGACCAUCAUGGAGGUCAACUUGCUCAAAGGGCCCAAAGGCCUGGGUUUCAGCAUUGCUGGGGGCAUUGGCAACCAGCACAUCCCGGGAGACAACAGCAUCUACAUCACCAAGAUCAUUGAGGGGGGAGCUGCUCAGAAGGAUGGACGCCUACAGAUUGGGGACCGGCUGCUGGCGGUGAACAACACCAAUCUACAGGAUGUGAGGCACGAGGAAGCUGUGGCCUCACUGAAGAAUACAUCUGAUAUGGUCUAUCUGAAAGUGGCUAAGCCAGGCAGUCUCCACCUCAACGACAUGUACGCUCCCCCUGACUACGCCAGCACUUUUACCGCCUUGGCUGACAACCACAUAAGCCAUAAUUCCAGCCUGGGUUAUCUCGGGGCGGUGGAGAGCAAGGUCAGCUACCCGGCUCCUCCUCAGGUCCCCCCCACUCGCUACUCUCCUAUCCCCAGGCACAUGCUGGCCGAGGAGGACUUCACCAGAGAGCCCCGCAAGAUCAUCCUACACAAAGGCUCUACAGGCCUAGGUUUCAACAUCGUAGGAGGAGAGGAUGGAGAAGGCAUUUUUGUCUCCUUCAUCCUGGCAGGAGGCCCAGCCGACCUGAGUGGGGAGCUGCGCAGGGGAGACCGGAUCUUAUCGGUAAAUGGAGUGAACCUGAGGAAUGCAACUCAUGAGCAGGCUGCAGCUGCUCUGAAACGGGCUGGCCAGUCAGUCACCAUUGUGGCCCAGUACAGACCUGAAGAGUACAGUCGCUUUGAAUCGAAGAUACAUGACUUGCGAGAACAAAUGAUGAACAGCAGCAUGAGUUCUGGGUCAGGGUCCCUCCGAACAAGUGAGAAGAGGUCCUUGUAUGUCAGGGCCCUGUUUGAUUAUGAUCGGACUCGGGACAGCUGCCUGCCAAGCCAGGGGCUUAGUUUUUCUUAUGGUGACAUUCUACAUGUCAUUAAUGCCUCUGAUGAUGAGUGGUGGCAGGCAAGGCUGGUGACCCCACAUGGAGAGAGUGAGCAGAUUGGCGUAAUCCCCAGUAAGAAGAGAGUGGAAAAGAAAGAGCGAGCUCGAUUGAAAACUGUGAAGUUCCAUGCCAGGACGGGGAUGAUUGAGUCUAAUAGGGACUUCCCUGGGUUAAGUGACGAUUAUUAUGGAGCAAAGAACCUGAAGGGAGUGACAUCCAACACCAGUGACAGCGAAAGCAGUUCCAAAGGACAAGAAGAUGCUAUUUUGUCAUAUGAGCCAGUGACAAGGCAAGAAAUUCACUACGCAAGGCCUGUGAUCAUCCUGGGUCCAAUGAAAGACCGAGUCAACGAUGACCUGAUCUCUGAGUUUCCACAUAAAUUUGGAUCCUGUGUGCCACAUACCACCCGGCCUCGGCGUGAUAAUGAGGUGGAUGGACAGGACUACCACUUUGUGGUGUCCCGAGAACAAAUGGAAAAGGAUAUUCAGGACAACAAGUUCAUUGAGGCGGGCCAGUUCAACGAUAAUCUGUAUGGGACCAGCAUCCAGUCAGUGCGGGCAGUUGCAGAGAGGGGCAAACACUGCAUCUUAGAUGUUUCCGGCAAUGCGAUCAAGAGACUGCAGCAAGCACAACUUUACCCCAUUGCCAUUUUCAUCAAGCCCAAGUCCAUUGAAGCACUUAUGGAAAUGAAUCGACGGCAGACAUAUGAACAAGCAAAUAAGAUCUAUGACAAAGCCAUGAAACUGGAGCAGGAGUUUGGAGAAUACUUUACAGCCAUUGUACAGGGUGACUCACUGGAAGAGAUUUAUAACAAAAUCAAACAAAUCAUUGAGGACCAGUCUGGGCACUACAUUUGGGUCCCAUCCCCUGAAAAACUCUGAAGAAUCCCCUCCAACCAUUCUCUUGUGAACAGAAGAAAUCAAGUCCCUCUUCCCUCCUCCCUCUUCAUUCCUGUCCCCAUGGGGAGAACAAAUGACUACUGUUCUUGUCCCCUUUUUUAGAUAUGUCAAAAAAAUUGAGUUUUCUAGUCUUCUUUUUUUUUUUAAUUUUGUUUUGU